UUGCCAGAAUAUCUCAUGGACUUCUCCUCGGUUUGAAAAAGUCGAAUUUCCGGUGGGUGAAAACGGAACAUGGGCAAAUUCAACUGGAAUGUGUCCAUUCAACACUACUCAAGCCAAUGAACCUAUUGGACGGGCUCUGUGUAUCGGCGAUGGUAUUACCCAGAGCCAGUGGCAACCUGUGGAUAAUUGCGGACCAUUUAGAAAUGUCACAGAUAUUCUCACCGAAAUUGCACAGGUAAUCGUAAGUGAAGAAAACGCAGGUGAAGUGAGCCAGCAAGUAUCAUCCGUUACUUCCAACAUCGAAGAUAUCACAUCAGAUGACAUCACGUUUGUGGUAGAGAUAACAUCAAACAUUGUGCAGCAAAAUCUGACAAGUAAAGAGGUAACAGAGUCUAUAACGAGUAUUGCGAGCAAUAUAGCUCAGGUAGAAACAGAGGUACUUGAAGCCGCAGAGGAAGAAGGUGGGGCAAUAAGUAAAUUCGUCCAGGCUUUUGAGGAACAAAUCAGUCGUGUUGAGGUUGCCGAUGGUGGGAUGCUCAACAUUCAGCAGUCAAAUGUAGCCGUACAGGUCCAGAGUGUACCUGCUGACGACGUAAUGCGUGGUCUCGUGCUUACGCUAGCUGGAUCCAGUCUGUCAGACCUGACCAAGUCCAAUAUUACCAUCAAUGCUCCGAUCCAAGAUAACGGCGAUGACGUCAGUGCUACCAGGCAAGACACCAUCGCUCUGGUCAACAUUCCACCUUCAGUUGCAUCCGUCAUUUCGCCCACGGCCCCACUCUCAGGAUCGCCGUCGAAUGGCAGUGGUGAAUACAUCCGGGUCAACUUCAAUGUAUUUUCGACUUCUGCCCUGUUCAUUUCUAAGUCAUUACGCACAAUCAGUGCAGAUAACGAAGGCUUCAAUCGAUCGGCUAACUCGCCCGUGAUUUCCCUCAAUUUUGGUCAAGGGAAAGUAGCAGCAUUGACCGAAUUCAUCAAUUUUACCUUUACUACAAUAAAGUCUGGAUACGUGAAUCCCAUUUGUUCGUUCUGGGAUGAGGAGGAGGAAGAAUGGUCACAAGAUGGGUGUGUUCUUGUUUCUGGAUUCGCAUCAUCUGCUGAGCGCUAUGAUGAGGAGGGCGUGCGAUGUGCGUGUGAUCAUCUUACCAACUUCGCUGUUAUAAUGGAUAUUCAUAGACAGGAGACAUUUACCGAGGCAUACAACAUCCUGACUUACAUUGGAUGCUGUAUUUCUAUCUUCAGUCUUCUUGUCACAUUAGCAACCUACCUGUGGAACAAAGAUUUGAGGACCAAACAGACUAACCAGAUCUUCAUCUGUCUGUGCCUGACCUUGCUCUGUCUAUACACGACAUUUGUCAUCAUGAUCUCUCUGGAUACCAUCAGAGAUUAUCGUGAGGUCCAAGCUGGACCCUGUGGGUUCCUGACGGCCCUGGUUCACUACUUCGUUUUGUCCUCCAUUGCAUGGAUGGGUGUGGAAGGGUACAAUACCUACCUCAUCAUUGUGAAGAUCUUUAACUCGUACAUCCCAAACUUCAUGAUCAAGGCUUUCUUAGCUGCAUGGGGAAUUCCUGCUUUCAUCGUGGUUCUCACCGGAGCUAUCGCUAGAGGUUCUUAUGCUCAUGAUGAUCUAUGCUUUUUACAAUUCUGGGCUCAAAUCGGUGGUCUUCUGAUUCCCAUGUCCAUCAUCCUCCUCAUCAACAUUGUCAUCUUCAUCCUGGUGGUUCGACAAUUGCUCCGGUCAGCCAACAUCACUGGUCGGAUGAAAAGGGAGGCUAAGGUAGAACGUCGAAAGACUAUCGAACGCGUCCAGAACGCAAUCUGCAUCUUGCUCCUGCUCGGUCUGACCUGGGUCACCGGAUAUCUUCUUUUGAUCCCGUUAUUCAGUCAGGUGGCUCAGCCAAUCUUCGUCGUCCUUAACUCCUUUCAAGGAUUUUUCAUCUUUCUACUCUACUGCGUCCGGAAGCCUCACAUCCGUAAGAAAUGGGGGCUAACUUGUUUCGACAAGUUCCUAAAGAGAGAAGCAAGCACCUCCAGCGGUGUCGUAAGCUCGACGGCGCUAUCCUCGUCAUCUGGCAUGAUAAGCAAAUUGCGCCCAGGAGCCUCGGGUAAUUACUCGUUACCUACCAAAGACGACAAUCCCGAUCCUAUGUGUAUGUACAAUCCGACCUUUGAUGCUAGCCAGGUUGAGGAAGGGGCCACACCACCUAUGAACAAAGAUAUCCAAAGUUCCACCGAGGAACAAAAGAAGGACACGGAUCGUAAUGCAGCAAGCACUGAUGUUGUGACGGUAAGUCUCCCUCUUGAUGCAUCUGUCACAAAUUCCACCGAAAGAGGAGAUGAUGUUUCCUCCACCACGAAUGAUGACACGGUCAGCGUUACUCUGGAUUCAACUGAGGCCGGGAAAGCUACUAAGGGCACCAAUGAUGUUGCUUACACCAACAAUGAUGCUGCUAUCAGUCUCCUUAAUGAUGCUUCCGUCAAUUCUCCAAUGGAUUCAACGGAUGUCAGCAAAGGAAAUUAGAACAGAGACAUAAAUACCAGUGGCACUACCGAUUUUGUAACAACCACUGGCACAGUUGAGGUUUUUUGCCUAAAGCGAUGCAUUCAUUCUUAUUAAUUAAAAUAAAUAAAUGCUUAUUCAUGUAAACCACAAGCAUGAUCUUAU